AUGGGUAAGCGCACAGGUGUAGGAAAACAAAUGCAAGCCAAGUAUUCUCCUUUCUGCAUCCAGACCCACUGUGUAGCUCACAGGCUAAACCUUGCUUGCAUUGAUUCAAUUAAGAAAAUUGAAUUCAUGGUUAAGUUCAGAGACAAGUUCAAUUCACUCUACAACUUUAUAUCUGCAUCAAGUAGACGAAUACUUGCUCUUAGAAGAAUUCAAACACUUCUAGAAGAGCCAGAACUGACAAUCAAGGAACCACAUUCUAUUCGAUGGCUAGGCUUGAAAAAUGCAGUUGAAGCAGUUUUUGAAAGUUUUGAAUCUGUCCUAUCAACACUGUCAAAAUUUGCAGCUGAGAAAAAUGCAGUUGCAAAAGGUUUGUACAAGUACUUUGCUAGCUAUAAAGUGGCACUGGUAAUAGCUUUCCUCCUUGAUGUCCACACAGAGUUGGCAGUGUUAAGCUGUAGCCUCCAGAAGAAAAACCUUCUCUUUAGUGAACUCCGGCCUCUUAUUGAAGGGACACUCAAUAAAGUCGAUACCAUGAAAGCUCAUGAUGGGCAAAGCUUGAAGGAAAUGAAGACCAGAAUUGAAACAAAGAAUGAAGAAACAUUUGUAGGUGGAGAGAAGUUGCUAUUUGCUAAAACAAUGAACGGACAGUUUGAGACCCUCAGAGCAGAAUACCUGAAGAACCUCAUGAAGAAUAUCAAGAACAGAUUCAAGGAGGAAGACACUGCCAUUUUCACAGAUAUGAGUAUGGCUCUGAAACCGCUUACAGUAAACACUGUCUUUGGAGAGGAGUCUGGUGAUGCUGUUGCACAUCUUGGUGCUCUCUAUGGUGCACAGGAGGAGGUCAAAGUGAUAGAAGGGGAUCUACACCAAGGUCUGGAAGAACACAUUAAACUGGUGGGACCCCUGCUACAACCUGACAAACUUCUUGACGAAUGGCCCAGGCUUAAAGGAAUGAUCAAUGGAACAUAUUCAAAACUUCUACCUGAACAACUCUGCAAAAGGGUCAUUCUGCUUCACAAAGAUUCAAUGCCGAACUGUGCCAAGCUUGCUUCUAUUGCUCUGUGUAUGCAGCUUACAAGUGUUGAAUGCGAGCGGAGCUUCAGCACACAAAAUCGACUGAAGAAUAAGUUUAGAGCAUCACUUGGUUCUGAAAAACUGGAUUUACUCCUCAAACUCAGUAUGCUUGGUCCCUCUCUGCAGUCGUUUGAUUCCCGUCCUGCAAUCAAACACUGGCUCAGAAAAAGAAGAAGAAAGGGCAGACUCUUCUGUGAUUACCAGCCCAGACCUCCUAAAUUGGCUAAAACGUGUGACACUGAAUGA